UCAAUAGGCUCAAUCUUUUUUGGUGUUUCGAUCUAUCGUUCGUGGUUGCCAGAUACCUUUUACACCCUUCUCGUCUUCGUUGCCGAGAUUUUGUUUGUGAAUAUUUGCCCAAAGGAAAGCGGAAUUUCUAAACAGGAAGUCUAUCUUCUUCUCUUCAAGCCCUUACCUGUGAAUCGAGCCGGUUUUUUGGAUUCUCUAUUGAUCCAGUGGCGUUUCGAGUUCCAAAAUGGGCAAGAAUCAGACUUACAAGGCGAUGCAGAGGGCGAGGCUGGGUUCGUCCUCUGCUGGGACGGAGAGCGUCGAAGACGGAAUGAUGGAUGGUUCAUUUCAUUCACCAGAGUGGCAUGCUGCUCGUUUAGCCAGCUUAAACACAUCCCACACCAUAACAUGGGAAGAAUUCAAGAAGAAACAGUAGCCUUUCAGGAGGACGAAUUUAAAAGAGAUGAGCUUGAGGCUAACAAGGAUAGAAUGAUGAGAGAAUACAGAGCUCAGCUAGAUGCUGAAAGGGCUAGGAAGCUGGCCCUUGGAAGAAACCACUCUGCGAGCAAAUCACACCACAAAAGAGUCAGGAAGAGUAAAGAGUCAAAUAAGCAAAGUAGCCGGAAGAGAAAGCACAACAGGUCAUCUGAGUCAAGUUCCUCCAGUUCCUCUGAAUCCUUGAGCAGUGACGAUGAUUAUGAGAAUGGCUAUGGUGGGGAAUCAAGGAGGUCAAGGUUGAAGAAGAAAAGAAAGCACAGGUCGAGGACCGAACACUCAAGCAGCAGCAGCCGCGAUUCAGAAGCUUGUGGCAGGCCGUACGACUCUCCAAGUUCUUCGGAAUUGCAAAGGGAUAAGCCAGAAUGGUGCCCUCACACUCUGCCUUGAGGAUGGCUCCCUUCUGAUCAAUGCGAAAUUGGUUACCAGCCUUGUAUCACUAAUCUUUGAAAUUGUGAUAUCAUUUGGGAUGCUACUAGGAAAAUGCUUUGCAUUUCUGUGCUUCAACAUCAAUUGCAGUGAUUUUCAUGA